AUGUCUGCUCCCAUCUCCGAACUUGCUGCGCCACGUAGGCUUUCGCCAUUGAUUCGACGAGCUCAUGCGCGAUUCGAGGUGCUGAAGUCGCCAGGACUCUUUCGACAUUUGAGACUCCGGUUCAAGGAAUGUACGGAUUGCGCGUCCGUUAAGGGGCGACCACCGAAUCCAGGACCCUCUCCCUGGAAUAUUGAACCGACUGGUCCAUUCGAAGUAGUGUCCAUGGAUUUUGUCACGCACCUUCCGAAGUCGGAACGCCAGAAUACCUUCCUACUUUUGUUUCAGGACAUGUUCACGGGUUACGUUAUGUGUAAACCCAUGAACAGUACUACCGCUCAAGACUGUGCUGAAGCCUAUGAAGAGGUUGUGUUCAGGAACUAUGGCAGAUCCAGGUUCAUGAGUCGGCUGUUCGGUCGCUUCAGCGAGAUGAUGGGUAUCCAGCAGAAAGCUACGGUCGCGCAUUGCCCUCAGGUCAAUGGCCAGCAGGAACGAUCGCGUCAGACUGAAUCAGAGCGUAUGUUGAAAAGCCCGACGAAACCGACUGGGACGACCAUGCAGAGAAGCUUCUGCAUGCUAUAA